CAAACACAUAUCCAAUUAGACCGGAGAAGAUCACGAAAACCACAUCUUAUUGUCUAGCCUGAGGUACACUGAGCUAGGUAGAACUAAUGGCGUCGUCUGCUCAUGCAACCAUGUACGCUGAUCGGUUCCCGUCGGCUGAGUUGCAGCAGCGGCCGGCCGACUACCAGCUCAAAACCUGGGACUAUGACUCCAUCUGCUCCAUGAAGCAGCAGGCGCAACAAGACCACGAGCAUAGCAAGCAAAGCUCACUCCAAUCGAGCUUGAAGCAGAAAGUGAGGCGGCUUCUGCUCGAGGAGGAAGAAGAGCUGGCUACUAGGCUCAUAAUCAUGGAUCAACUGCAAAGUCUCGGUGUAGCAUACCACUUCGAGGAGGAGAUCAGAAAUAUCCUCAUGUCCAUGCAUGUGCAUGAUGCACACCUUCAACUCAAGCAUGACCUCUCAUCAACAGCACUGCUAUUUAGAAUGCUCAGAGGACAUGGAAUCUCCGCGUCCACAGAUAUGUUGAUUGCAUUCAGGGAUGAGAAUGGUGAUUUCAAAGCAGAGAACCCCAAGGACAUUGAUGCUUUUGUUGCACUCCACGAAGCUUCCUACCUGGCCUUCCCAGGAGAGGCCAUGCUCGACGAAGCAAGAGCAUUCGCCGUGAAGAAACUCGAAGAACUGAUGCCAUCCAUGUCGACCUUCAUGGGGCCUGCUAGCCAAACAGAAAUACAAGGAGACCUCCCGCUGCACUGGAGAGUUCCCAGGCUGCAGGCAACAUGGUCACUGAAGCAACACGGCUACAACGACGAGAGGAACCUGAGUAUGGAUCCUUCCAUUCUACAGCUGGCUGCGGUUGACUUCAACCUCGUGCAGGCCGUCCAUGGAGCGGAGCUCGUGGAGGUGACAAAUUGGUGGAAGGAGACCAGGCUGGGCGAGAAGCUACCGUUCGCGAGGGACCGUCUUGUGGAGUGCUUCUUCUGCGCGGCAUCCAUCGCGCCGGAGCCAUGCCUCGCCGGCUGCCGCGAGGUGCUGGCAAAGGUGGGCUCCCUCAUAGUCCACCUCGACGACGUCUACGACCUAUACGGCACGCUCGACGAGCUGGCCGCCUUUACUGAUGUCGUCGGUAGGUGGUGCGAGUGGGACGACGAUGCGCUUCUGCCGUUGCCGGAGUACAUGAAGGCCAUGUACUCUGCCAUCCGGUCAACGUCGAUGGAGGCAGCAGAUCGUGUGAUGAACGAGCAGGGAUACGAUGCGCUCCCGCUCUACAAGAAAGCAUGGCAUGAGCUGUGUAAGGCGUUCCUCAUUGAAGCCAAGUGGCAACACGAGGGAGGGAUGCCAAGCUUGGAGGAGUACCUCGAGAACGGGUGGGUCACGUCCACGGGGCCUCUCCUGCUGCUCCACGCUUUCACCAUGCUCCAGCAGCAAGAGCAGACGGAUUCAUGGCUGCGCAACCACGAAGACGGCGACGACAUGGUCACGGCGUACCCGAAGCUGGUCGAGCUAUGUUCCAUGAUCUUCCGGCUCUGCAACGACUGCGCGACCCACGAGGCCGAGUCGGAGCGGGGUGAGGCGGCGUCGGCCAUCACCUGCCGCAUGGGCGGUGCCACGAGUAAGGAAGAGGCCCGGGCUGCGGUGGCGGACGCCAUUGCCGAGACCUGGAAGAAGGUGAACAGGGAGGUCGCCUUGAGCAGCAGCACCGGGACCUGGAGCGCGGCCAACCGCGUCUGCGUCAACCUGGUGAGGACCAUCCAAUGCAUCUAUCAAGACGGAGACAGCAUCACCUCGCCCAAGGACAGCCGGAAACGACUGGUCAUGGACAUGCUCUUCACGCCUCUUGAUCUAGACAUUUGUGGCGCGUGGUAGAGCCUAACUUUUCAUGGUGAUGGGACGUCUGGUACAACGUACGGGCAUGUCUCACCCAGGCCACAUGAAUCACAAUAAUCUUGACAAGCUGACGAUGUUUCUGCAUUUGGCAUACAAAGCUUGUUUGGUCCAUUGGAGAUACUUGGCACUCUAGCUUAUCAUAUAAACUCUCUAGCCAAUUCACUGUUGACUUGUAUACUAGGCGUACUAUGGCCCUGUUGCCAUGUGCACCAUCCAGGCGUAGUAUGGCCGUGCUGCGGCCG